AUGGAGGUCCUCGUGGAGGCUGCCGAAGGAGUUCCCAGCGAUGCUGUGCUCUCGCUGCGCUUGGGCAACCUACGGCGCCAGGCGCCUUUGUCGUCAGCACUGAUGCAUCCCCUGAGAUUUGCCACCUCACUGGCUGAUGCCUGUGAGCCGCUGCGCAUCGAUGUGCUGCGGCCAGUGGCGACAGCAAGACAGGUACUACGACAGGAGGAGCUGCGUUAUACGGUGCCAUUGGAAGGCAUGCAAGACAUGGCGGUGCGCCUGAGUGUAAGGCCAACAGAGCGUUCAGCGUGCGACACAGAUGCGGAUGCCCAACCUCCAUCCCACGAUGCCGCAGCGCGGGACUACCUGGAGCAGCACAAGGUGCUCCAGUAUUUGCAGUCCAUGCUGCAUGCGCUGAUUCAAGCAAAGCCACCAGACCCUUUCUCGUACAUGGUUUCGCAGCUUUCGAAUGCUCAACAGCCACCACGUCGCAGGAAGGCCAGCUGGCCGGAGAGGGCGCAGCGAGAGCCGACCUGCCAGGAGCUGGAGCUGGCCUCUGACCCCGGCCACUAUCCGGUUCAAAGAACGCCGGAGCCGUCAGACGGCCUUGAGCCGGAUGUUUCGGCGCCGGUGGAGACAAAUUCUGCAAAUCUGGCGACCUGCCUGCCAUCCAGUUCUGCACACGUAGCUCAUGCGGGCGGUUCGUCGCCGCUCAGAAAGAGCGCAGGGAACGACUCCCAGGCUCCGGCUGGCGAGGAGCUGCAGCAGGUCCGGACGAGGUUGCGACAGCAGCUGCGCGGUGCGGUGGAGGAAGGGAAGUUGGUGGCAGCAGUGGAAAGGGCUGUGGCACUUAUGGCGGGCCAGCAGGAUGAGCAGGUGCAGUCCAGGCGGCAGCUCGCGGAGCUGCGCACCCAGCGAGCUGAGCUGCAGACCCAAUCCACGAGGCUCAGCAACGACCUGAAGGAAUUGCGGCGGGUGAACGAGGAGCUGCGUAGCCGGAUGGGUGAAGAAUAA